CGUCGCCGUCCGCGUCGCCGACGCCGCCGCCGCCUUCCACACCAGCGUCGCCCACGGCGCCCGCCCUGCCUUCCCCCCCGCCGACCUCGGCGCCGGCUUCUUACUUUCCGAGGUGGAGCUCUACGGCGACGUCGUCCUCCGCUACGUCUCCCUCCCCGCUCCGGACUCCUCCCAAAAUCCCUCAAAGAUCCCAUCUUUCCUCCCGGGGUUCGAAGAUGUGGGGGAAUCCAGGCCAGAUUCGCCGGAUUACGGCCUCCGGCGGCUGGACCACGCGGUGGGGAACGUGCCGGAGCUGGCGCCGGUGUUGGCGUACAUCGCCGGGUUCAUGGGGUUCCAUGAGUUCGCGGAGUUCACGGCGGAGGACGUCGGGACGGUGGAGAGCGGGCUGAACUCGAUGGUGCUGGCCAACAACGAGGAGACGGUGCUCCUGCCGCUCAACGAGCCGGUCCACGGCACCAAGCGGCGGAGCCAAAUCCAAACAUAUCUGGACCACAACGGCGGCGCCGGCGUGCAGCACCUGGCGCUGGCCAGCGACGACGUGCUCCGGACGCUGAGGGAGAUGCAAGCGAAGUCGGCGAUUGGGGGGUUCGAGUUCUUGGCGCCGCCGCCGCCGACGUACUACGAGGGAGUCCGGCGGAGGGCCGGCGACGUGCUCACAGAGGAGCAGAUCAAGGAGUGUGAGGAACUGGGGGUGCUGGUGGACAGGGAUGACCAGGGUGUACUGCUGCAAAUCUUCACCAAGCCAGUUGGAGACAGGCCAACAAUAUUUUUAGAGAUUAUCCAGAGGGUUGGGUGCAUGAUGAAGGAUGAAGAAGGGAGAGAAUACCAGAAGGGCGGGUGCGGAGGUUUUGGGAAAGGAAACUUUUCUGCGCUUUUCAAGUCCAUAGAGGAGUAUGAGAAAUCCCUUGAGGCCAAACCAGUUGCCUAGAUGGAAAAAGGUACUACAAUGAUAAAACCUAAUAGAGAUCAUCAAAAAAUAGAACCUAAUGAUAGUAAGCAGAAUAGAAGAACAAGAACUUCACCUUGCUCUUACGACUCUUGCUAUGGUGCUCUGGGCCUUCUCUGGUAUUUUGUUGAUCGAGGUGGUACAAUGUAUAGACAAGGGGUUGUUUGAACCUAUUCUUUGAAUCUCUUUUGUUUGAUUGUGAAGAAAUUGUUGCUUGAUGUGCAUUUCUAGCUGUGAACAAAUUGUUGCUUGAUGUGCGUUUUUAACGCUCAUUUACAUGCAUUUGUUUUUUCAUGUUCUCUGUUCAUACUUUCAGGAGAAAUACUACUGUAGAUCUUUUAG